GACUGUACAAGCAUCGAGUGCGACUCUGGUUGCCAUGACAGCAGACCGCUACCGUGUCAUCCUUCACCCAAUCCACUCCCUCCAUUCGCGGACAGUGACCCGAGCCAAUGUCAUCAACUUCGUUAUAUGGAUAGCGUCCUUUAUUCUCCACAUACCCGCCAUGCUACUGAUGGAGGUUCACAGCGGCCCCGUCCAGGGUGACAAGUUCUGCGGUGCUCGUGGCUUCAGUACCGGCAGCCAAGGUAACCAACAGAAGUGGCUCUACGCUUUCCGUGCCUACCAAGUCUACGCCAAGUUGAUCCUCUAUAUCCUUCCCUUCGUGGUGAUGUCGUACUGUUACCUCCGCAUCCUGCGAACAGUCUGGAGCAGCUUCUACCUGGCGAGCAUGGCGUCGGAAGCGCAGCGGAAGAAGCGGUGGAAAGUGACGAGGAUGACGCUCCUGGUCGUCAUCCUUUUCGGCGUCUGUUGGGGCCCCAUCCACGCCAUCAACCUCGCGACGUCGUUCCAGAUCGAUGGCGAGGCCAUGCAGAGCGUCCACCUCAUGCACUUUACCUUUUUCUCUCUCUGCCUGGCAUAUUCCAACUCGGCUCUAAACCCGUUCCUCUACGCGUUCAGCGGGAGAAGCUACCGGGAGAUGCUCCUCUACUCGUUCCAGUCUCGAAAGACAAGGCGUAAGUGUUCGAGUGCGUUCACACGAGGGACUCGGCUAUACUCGCCGCAGCAAUCUCUGAACUCAGUAGAACCUAACAAUUCAAGGGUCAACAUCAGACCUAUUCUCAUCAGGAAGACAUUUCAGACGCUGCAAACGAACUCAUUAUGAACAUUGAUUCACCCUAGAGUUAAGAAACAUUUUUAAAAUCAUCGUUCACAAGGAUAUAUAUAUUUUUGAAUAUUCAUCUAUGCGAAACGUCGGUGUGAUUUAUUCAUAAAUGAAAGUUUACUUUUAUGGUACAUUAUUUUGUAUCUUAGUUAUUUCGAAAUUCCAAAGAAAUCUUGCGUGUUUUAUCAGCAGCUUUGAGUGAUAUUUAUUCACCAUCUAUCAAGAAUUAUUUUCUGGGAAUUAUUAUGUAUGCCUUUCCUCAAGCUCAAUAAGCAAUUAUUGAAAUAGCGAAGCGCGGGCUGAUUUUUUUUUUUUUAGAUCUUGUCCUAGAAGCGGCACACACUUUUCACUUUUGUAAUAAUUAAUAGGAUGGAUAUCUUUCUGAAUAGAUGAUACGAGCGCGAAACACGAGCUGAACAUUUUGAUAUUCCGGUCUGAAAACCGGACAGUUUAAGUAUGUUUCUUAAAUACUGAACAAGCUGUGUAUCUCAAUGAAUAAUUACUGCGAGCAUGAAGCCGGGGUUGAUGUUUUUUUGUAUAUUGACCCGAAAGUGAACAUGUUGACAACUGUUUAACAUGUAGGUCUAGGCUGAAAAUGACGAAGAGCAUAAAAGAUGUCACUAUAUAAAAUGAUGUCAGUGCAAUUCAUAUGGAGAGGAUACUUUCUCGCUUAUCAAAUAAUGCAAGCGCGGGCCGAAUAUUGUUGAUUUUCCUCACAUUUUUGUAUGAAUAGAAUGCGUAUAUCGCUGAACCUAGAUAAUGAUAACUCGAAUAGCGGGCAGAAUAUUUUGUGCAUAUUGACUCGAAAACAUAAUAUUUAAAGUCCGUUCUUAUCCUCUUGAGAAGAAAAUCAUUUCAUUCAAGGCAAUGCGAGCGCGAAGUGCGAGCGAAAUUUUUAAUUGUAAGUAAUUACCGAACAUUCUUCUUUUUAUUGCCCUCACUAUUUCAUUCGCUUAUCUUCCUACUCUUGUUCCCUUUUUUCCUUUCUGCCUUCUCCUCCCCCCCGUCUUUUUUUUUUUGCGGCGCCAAUACGGGGCCUCAACCGCGCCUCGCCCCUGAAUCCGCCAACGAUAUUUCUUAAACUUAAUUUUAAAAAAAGAAGAAAAUCCGAGAGAAUAGUCGUGUUCAGGAUGCUAUUUAUUCGUCAAUGGCAUACCGUGGGUUAUGGCAUGGAGGGGCACGAAUGAACGAACGAAUUGACGCGCCCUCAAUAGCCAUGUACUCUGACCUGCACUCGACCUGGGCGUUGUGGCGUGCGCCUGUAAUCCAAGCUGUGGGGAAGUUACAAAUUGAUGCAGAGG